AUGACCAGCGCAAUGGGGCUCAUUAUCAAGCUGUGCACAACCCGGCGGUUCGAUCAACCGGCAUCACACCUACCGCCACCGCCUCCUAAUGCGUCAUCGAGCUAUCACGGGAACUGGCCACAGGGAAGAAGUGUUGUCGUCUCCGAUGAAAGCGGCUCACCACCACCACCACCACCACCACCACCACCACCACUGGCUCCAAAGGCGUCGCCAAGCAACCACGAACAGACGCGCCCACGAAAAAGAAAUGUUGUCAUCUUCGGCGAGAGCGGCUCAGGGAAAAGUUCGGUUAUCAAUGCAAUAACGCAAACCCAGCUUGCGGAGACAUCUAGUGAUGCGACAGGUUGUACUUUCAGUUACCAAUGCUACCCAGUCGAGAUCUCUGGCCAGAGAUAUGUCCUGUUCGAUACCGCAGGCCUUAAUGAAGGAAGUACUGGUGCAGUGCCGGCGCCGAAGGCGGAAAAGGAGCUGAAGAGACUGUUACGUGGUCUCAUGAGCUCUGGGUCAGAUGGCAUCGGCCUUCUGGCCCUCAUUCGCAACUACAAUCUUUUCUACUCUGUGAUCUGCCGGAAGAAGGUCCCGAUCGUUGUUGUCGUCACAGGGUUGGAGAACGAGACCGAUAUGCGGAGUUGGUGGAAUGCUAAUGCCAAGGAGUUCAAGAGUCGUGGCAUGUAUUUCCAAGACCAUGCUUGCGUCACUACGCUUCACAAACACGCAGGCAUCUCAGACGUCUUCACUCGUCGUAUCGCAGAGUCUCGUGAAAUCGUGCGCAAUCUUGUCGUCAAUAACUGCUCGGAAUGGGCGGUCGACAACACCUGGUUCAAGCAGUCUUUUGCAGAUGCGCAAUACGUGAUGAGGCAUAAUUGGAAUAGUGAAAGGUCUUCCCCAUCCACCCUCAUCAUCUAUGGCUCGUCACCAAAGGAAGAGGAAGAGCUUGUGCGCUUCGGUGGGGAGGCAUACCGAGUUUGCCCCGUUUCUCCACCAGAGUCGACCUCGAGCGCAGGAGGGGGGCACGAAGGGGAUCUUCUCAUAUAUUAUGCUCACGCUGACACGCUCUCUGUGGCUCGCCAGACGUUCCGCGAGUUCUACACAACAUACCGCGGUAACAUGGUGCCGGUCGUUGUCGUGGUCAAAGGACUGAAUGAUAGAAAAUCCGCCCGUCAAUGGGUUGAACAACAUGUCAUGCACCACGGCGCUGGUCUUUUAUUCUCGACAUUUUCUCCAGCUGGAGACCUCGGAGAUAACUCGUUAAGGAGACAGGCGGACCAGGACUUGCAGGAUCUCAUUAGACAAUCCUGUCUCAUCCGAGGCGUGGUAAAAGGCGGGGGCAUGCUCAAAAGAUUCGCGAAAUUCAAGUUUUUGGAUCGGCUGUGA